UGGGGCGGCCUCGCGUCCCCACCGCGCGGACGCGCCUCGCCACCCUCUCCUCCGUGCCGCGCGCUAUGUAAGAGCCCGCACAUGUUACCCCGCGUUCCAGUCUCGCAGCGGCACUCGCGAGCGUUGUUUCGCACAUCGGUAGCGCGCGCGCGGUACGGCACGGAUCGCCUGGCGGGCAGGAGGGGGCGAUAAAACGCUCUUUCUCUCUCUUUCGCUCUGUACCACCUCUCGCGGAGCGCGCGGUAACACAGAGGGAGAGAGACACCCACGUAACUGCGGAGACACUCUGCGCGCACAGGUACCGAGGAGCGGGGAGGGCCCCGGUGUAUGUGCGUGCGUGUAUGCAUUGUGUGCGUGUGUGUACGUCACGUGUACGCGUGCGCGCGCGACGAGUUCCCUUUUCAGUGCCUCGCGGAGAGCCGUCGCGACCUCGUCGUCGAGUCCGCCACGUAUACGCCGAAGGCCGGAGGAGCAGUUAAUCGGGCGGAGUGAUAGGAGCGAAGAGGAGGAGAGGAGCGCGCAGUCCGCCGCCGCCGCCGUCGUAGUAGUUUCCGUGCCCACUCAGCGUCCCGGCAUCGCGGCACUCUUCCCUUUUCCACCUCGUUUCACCCUCUUUUCCUCCCCCCCUUCUUUUUUUUACUUUUGUACGCACGAACCGCCACGCAACUCGGCGCCCCCGCGACGCGUAGUGGAAUCACUCGAGUGGGAGGCACUUGCCCGCGCGCCGUCGACUGACCCGAGUGUGUUUGAGAGAGAGUGCGGAAAGAGGAGCAAGUUCCGUUCUCCCGCGGCCGACUCUCGCGGUGUGGAUAAAUCGCGCGAGACGGAGGGACCGAAGGGAGCGCAACCUCGACGCCCUCGGGAUAGCGGAGAAACGAGCGAGCGAGAGACACACACAUCCCCGGACAUUCGCGACCCGCAACUGGCGACACGGUAGUCCGCGCGCGUUGAAGAAUCGGCCGUCGGGUCGCGGAGCGUCGGCAGCCUCCGGCAGCUCCGUUAGCCAGGCAUAUACCACCACCCGGAACAAUCCCCCGCCCGUGGCAAGACGGCCGAUCGUGCGGACGUCCUCGGUGCUACCCCGGCGCGGCCGCUACGUGCGACGACAACAGCCCAAAGAUUCUCCCACCGAAGGCCAAGAUGCAUAUCGAGGUGCAGGUGGCGCUUAACUUCGUGAUAUCGUACCUCUACAAUAAACUGCCGCGCAGACGGGUCAACAUCUUCGGCGAGGAGCUCGAGAAGGCGCUCAAGGACAAGUUCAAGGGCCACUGGUACCCGGAGAAACCGUUCAAGGGCUCGGCGUUCAGGUGCCUCAAGACUGGCGACCCGGUCGACCCGGUGCUAGAGCGCGCCGCGAAGGAAAGCGGCGUGCCGAUCCAAGAUAUCCUGGAGAACCUGCCGGCCGAGCUCGCCGUCUGGGUCGAUCCCGGUGAGGUGAGCUACCGUAUCGGUGAGCUAAACGCCGUCAAGAUCCUCUACUCGGAGACCGGUGACCCGCACGACGAGACCUCGGCCGAUCGCGAGGUCACCAAGACCUUCAAUCCGGAGGCGCAGUGCUUCAGGCCGAUCGAGGCCGUGAGCACGUCCCUGAGCGGUCUCAGCCUCAGCCCGAAGUCGACCUCGCCGUUCUCCAACUCCCUCAGCAGCAACGCCAGCAAUGGCUCGUCCAACAACCAGCAGAACGGCCACGGAUCCGGUUCCUCGUCUGCGCCCUCACCCACGCCCAUCACCAACUCCUUCAAGGGCUCGCCCAGCCCCGUACCGGCCUUCAUCCCGCGUACCACCGCCCCGCUCACCUUCACCACCGCCACCUUCGCCCAGACCAAGUUCGGCAGCACCAAGCUCAAGACUAGCAGCAAACGCGCCAACAGGAUGUCGCCCACCGAGUUCUCAAACUAUAUAAAGCAGCGCGCAGCGAUGCAGCAGCAGAUUCACCAUCACCACCAUCAUCAGCAGCAACAGCAGCACCAGUCGCAGCACCAGUCGCAGCAUCAGUCGCAGCAGCAGCAGCAACAGCAGCAGCAGCAGCAGCAACAACAGGCGACGGCGGCCGGUGCAGGAUUGCCAGUCUCGCAGAGCUCGCCGCGCAGUCGUAGCCUAUCGCCCGGCAGCAUAGUCGCUGGUGCCGGACAGCAACACGCGGACCCGAGCGCGUACUUCUUCCCACACGGCCCGGCCGCGGCGGCGUACCACCCGCAAUUCCCCCAUCGCAACAUCUUCGACUCGUCGGCGAGCCAUGGCGGCUACCUGCCGGCCGAUCUCUACGCCGGCACCAAAUUCCCAUCAUCGUACCUCGACCCGACCACCCUGGCCGGCCAUCAGUUCUACGGCGGUAGCAUGAACGGCACCGGCGCCGGUACUGGCGGCGCCGUCAACGGCACCACCGGCGCCGGUGCCGGUAGCCAGGGCGCCGGUAGCGCUGGCACCGGUAACCUCGGCCCGAUCGGCUCCGCGACGACCAACGGCAACGUCAACGCCGGCGCGGCCGCCGCGGCGCAGCAGCAGGACAAGAGCGCCCUGGUCGAGGGCCUCAACAACUUCGGCCUCGGCUCGGUCGCGCCCUACCCGGCCAGCCAAUAUCAGCACCUGCUUGUGGCCAACUAAUACCUCGCGCGUGCACAUGAAGCCGUCGGAAACACCGUCGCCGCGGGGCGCGGCGGCGGUAACAGCGUACUCGUUUUCGGUGCCGCUGGUCCGGCGGCGGACAAGAAGGAGACGGGGCCGUCACCUCUGAGACUCCGUCGUCGCGACGCUGUCCCGAGCCCGGCUUCCUGAAGACGAACGUCCAAGCCGAAUCGGUCCCACACACUCUAUCUCUUCCCUUCCCCAUCGGAGUCCGCCGGUUACGCGGCUGACGACUUGUCCUCUCUCCCACGAUCCCGCAUCCAGACGCUUCUCAGAACGCUCUUUCGUUCGACUUUUCCCAAUCCAAGGAGUUCGAGACACUCUGUACAUACAUUAUUGAUAGCUAUCAACAGAUGGGGAGGGAGAGAUAGAGAACGAGCGGAGAAAAAGAGACACAGAAACGGCCGCCGAACAAUCGGCACCGAUGACGAUCAUGAAAGCGAUCGAGACGAGGAAAGAAGGUGUGAUAGGAUAGAGAGAAAGAAAAAGAGAGAGAGAGAGAGAGAGAGAGAGAGAGAGAGAGAGAGAGAGAGAGAGA